AUCCGCAUUUGGUGAAUGGAGAAAGCCACGUUUCAGUGGGGCGUUUCUUUCAUGUGGCGAUCUCUCUCCGCCGCCAAGCACUUGUCUUGGAAUAUUAUUCUACGCGAUAUUUUCGCCAGGUGGGAGACUGUCGAAAUACCAUCUGAAAUAAUUGUGAUCUGCGCAAGCCGGCCGGCAUUUUUUUUCUUGUGGUUUUCGUUUUUUAGCCGGCGUUUUCUUCCAUGCAACUUAUUCAGGAUGAUUUCCAUAGACUCUAUUGAAAGUCUUGAUCGAUGGGUCGAGAAGGCUGAUGUAUCGGAUUAUAAAUGUUCCGCUUUAGAGGAUCUUUCCACCUUCAGCUCCUUUAACCUCGACUUUCUCUUUGGAUCUUCAUCUGAUAAUUCAGAUUCUGGUGAUUUUUACCCUCCAAUGGAUCUGGAUAUUGAUUUUAAUGAUAUGGAAUUGGAGAAGAAUUCCUAUGACUUCUCAAAAUAUUGCUCCAGCCCUGUGAAAUCGGAGGUUUCAAAAGAUCUCGGCAAUCCUUACGGUUUUGCAUCAGUCAGCCCUUCGAAAUUGGGCAUUCCAUAUAUAUUGGAUGAUUACUUCAUUGAUCUGAAUAAAUCCUUUUCCGAUCAAGAUUCUAAUUCUCCAAUUGCUGGCUCUCCAGUUGCUAAUUCUCCUGUAACGAAUUCUCCAAUUGCUGAGAAGCAAAGUGCUCCGCUAUCUCCAGAUUCUGGAUUUGAACAAGAUUGUCUGAAUUCAUCUUUUGAUGAGUAUACUAAUGUGUUCACUCUUAUGGAGCAAGAUAAAGAUGUUGAUGGUAUGUGUGAACCUAUAAAAUUGAACACAGACACAGAUAUCGAUAAAUAUCUUGACUAUGUGAUACACGCUAAUAAAAACAGUGACACUGAUGAUGAAAUCUACAAUAAAGGUACUUUGGCUACCAUCAGGUUAUCUGAUAUUAUAGACAGUGAUUGCAUGUUCAGAGAUGGAAGUAAUAAAGUUAAUAUAAAACCAGAAGGUUAUCUAAAUGGAUUUCAACGAACUAGAAAUGACUCUAUUGCCAGUGAUCAUUGGUUAAAUGAAACACUGCAAUCGAUUCCAAAUGAUGAAGACUUCAGUGCAUUGUGUGCAGGUCUAGUGCUACAGCCUGUGAAGAAAGAGGGCAAAAAGCUAAGCAUUAAAGAGGAAGUCUGUGACGAUAAUCUAUUUGUUUUGCGAAAUGAUUCCAAGACUAUUCAAGUAGAACACAGCUACCAUAAAAAACUUAGUGUUGUUGAAAGUGAGGAAGAGGAUGAAGAACCAGUUAAGAAAAGAAAACGAAAUGAGAUUGAUGAAGAUUUCAGCCCGUACCAAAAACCAAAGCGUAGGGCUGGUCGACCUCGGACUAAUUUCUCAAAAGUAGAUACACCAAAAACGCAAAGGUAUAAAUUGCAAAAAACAAAAUCUUCUAAAAGAACUUCACAAGCCUCUAAAAGACUUAAAAGUUGUUCCACAGUUCCUUUUGAUAGACGAGAACAGCAUAAUCAAGCUGAACGUGAAAGGAGAGAUAUGCUAAAAAAGAAUUUGGACAUUGUCGAAGAUGCAACACCAGACCACGUUCUUCAAUUGACUCAGUUAGCUCUUCAGUCUGAAAAAACUAGUAAAUCAGAUGAAUUUGAGAACAAUGAAAAUAAUUUCACUGUUGAUGUCCUUAAAAAACUUGAUGAAUUAGUAAAAAAAGAACCUGUAUGUCAUAGGCCUAAGUACAAAAAAGCAUCUCGGAAUUCUAAAAUGGUUGUUCUUUUAGGUUCCACUUUUUAUAUUGGUAGUCUAGAAAAAGAACUUAAAGCAAAAGAAAGUCGCUUAGCUCAACUAAAAAAGCAAUAUGAAGAAUGUUUAAAAAGGUUGAAUCCAUCUAAAGUUAGUAGUAAAAAAGUAAGAAGAAACUAUUAAUAGAACUUAUUUAUAAGAUAAGUAGUAAAUUUGUUCACAUUUCCUGAUCUUUAAUCUUUCCAAAUUAUUCGUUUUAUGUGCAAGCUUAAUAAGUUUCUAUUAGUUUCAGUAAAAUAUUUUAUUUCAAUUAAUGUCAAUUAUAUGAUCUUCAAAUGUUUGUACUUAAUAUUUUCCCAUUCUGUAAAUACUAUUGAAUAUUUUGUAUAAUGGCUGUACAUAGUACAAAUUUGCAUUUUUUUUUAUCAAUUAUUCUAGGUCAACUAAAAAGUAUUUAUAAUGUUUUGAUUAAAUGUAACUAUAAUUAUGCUUGUUUUUUAUGGAAAUUUUUUUUUGUUUUAAAUUACAUUUAAAAUCCUGUAAUGGUUGCUUAAUAUUUACUCUUCUGUGAAUCAAGUUAUAAUCAUUCUGUAUAUUAUGUAAAUUACUUUCAUGUUGUAAAUUUUGCCAUCUCAUUUUUAUAUAUUCAAGAGUUUUUAGUAAUGAUUAAAUUUUUUAUUACUUUA